AUGAAGCAUCUUGUGAUUUCUGGGCCUACUCCGGCGGCCCCGCACCUCGCGCUCCCGCCCCAGCCCCACCAAGCGCUGCAGGCAUACCCGGCCCGCCCUGCCACGCCCCCCGCCCUGCUCGCCUCGGCGCAGGACGACGGCGGCGCGGUCCACUGCCGCUUCUGCGGCAAGGCCUUUCACGGCAGAUAUGCCAAGUACAACCUCAAGCGCCACCUCAUGAUCCAUCGUGGCGAGAAGCCCUUCGUGUGCCCGUAUUGCCCGCACCGCGCGAACCAGAAGGGCAACCUCAAGUACCACAUUUUGUCGGUGCACCCUGGGCGGGCCGCCGCGCAAGGGACCCCCGCCGACCAGGCCGACCUCGGCCCCAAGCACGAGAAUUUCGCUUCCAAGUGGAGAGCAAGUGGGCUGUGUGGAUGCUGUGUGCAGCCGCCGCUGUGUUGGAGACGGGCACUUAGCACUGUGUCGUUGCAGGGGUCAGGAGGGGUGAGCAGCGGCGAUGAUAGCCAGGCCGCCCACGCCGCCCCCUUGUGCCAGGCGUGCGGCCGAUACUUCACCUGCCGCGCCUCCCUCCGCCGCCACCUGUGGAUCCACACGGGGGUCAAGCCGCACGCGUGCCUCCACUGCUCCUUCUCCUGCAACCGCAGGAGCAACCUGGAGCGCCACGUCAAGCGACACCACAGCUCCUCGGUGUCCGACGGAGCCGCCGACGGCACCGAGCCCAGCCUGCGCUCGUCCACCGCGGCGCUGUAG